AUGUUUAAGGGCGCAAUCGCGCCGGUUAUUGCUACUGCAGCGUACCAAGCGACGCCAUGGGCGGAGACUUACACAACCAUUGGCUAUCUCGUGGGCAUCAUGACCAUCCUGUCCUUGCCGAUCCAGCCUCGGGCGAAGUUCAUACAGACAAUGCUCGUCAACAUCUUCGUUACUCUGCUUGGAACUGCCGUCGCACUGCUGGCCAUGCUGUGUACCGUCCGUGCCAGAAUCAAUUCCGAAGGCUACCCGACCGCGCCGUACAACUCUUCAGCUUCGGCUGUUGCAGGCCUCUUCCUGUUUGCCGAGAUCUAUCUCAUCAGCGUCUGGCGUGCGAAGAUGCCACAGUUUACUAUCCCCAGCAUCAUACUCGCCAUCUUCGCCAACGUGUCAAUGAUAUAUGCUCCGCAAUUCUCUUCCAUGGUGCAGGCGGAAGCAUUCGCACAGAGGCUACUAGAGGCUUUCCUCACUGGGUUUGCGAUUUCUACUGGCGUCUCGUUGUUGGUUUUCCCGCUUACCAGUCGUCAAGUCGUGCUCAAGGAGUUGACUGGCUAUAUUGGCUUGCUGCGAGCAUCACUCAAAGCCAACAUCGAUUACAUACACAGCCUCGAGAAUGCGGACAUGUUCUCGCCGCAUCGCGUGAAUACGGCUGGUCAGGAAGUAGCAGGAAGCAAAGAAGCGGACGCCUUCAAGGCCAAGAUGCAGGCACUAGCUGCACUUCACUCCAAGUUUACCGCCGAUGUGCCAUUCGCGAAGAGAGAAAUCGCAAUUGGCACACUUGGUGCAGACGACAUGCAGCAGCUCGCCAAGCACAUACGCAUGGUCAUGCUGCCCACACUUGGCUUAAGCUCUCUCUCAGACGUGUUCCAGCGUAUUGCUGAGCAGCGUGGUUGGGCGCAUGUUGAGGACGCAACAUCCUCCGCAAUGGACACCGUUGACGAAAACCAGAAAGCAAGGCUUCAAUCCAUCGAAGACUGGCACGAGCUGGCGAAACGCUUACGAGACCCGUUCGAUCGUAUCACGCAGCUCAACGACGAAGGCUUGGAACAUGCUGCCAUCGUAUUACGGCUGGCGGCGAGGCGAAAGGCGCGGUCCGCGGAGGAUUCCGUCGAGAAUGGUGGUGACGAGCCCCAGCCUGGUGAAAAGGGCUUUGCAGCCUACUAUGACCGCAGAUCCCAGAGGUUCCUUGACAGCAAGAAAGAAGUGCUGAAGCUUUGGUGCGCUACCCAUGGUAUUCACAUCCCAGCCAACUUUUUCGACGACCCGUCUCUUAAGGACUUUGAAGCACCAGCUUUUCUCAACGAAGCGCCCUCCUCAUCCGAGGCGCAGCGACUUCGGCGUCAGCUUUUUCUGUUCUUGCACAUGGAGUUCUUGCUCUUCAAUGUGAAUCGCCAAGUCUACAACUUGAUCUUAUGCGUUGACAAACUGGAGGCAUCCGGCAAGGUUAGCAAGAACCGACUUCACGUUCCGGGCUAUAAGCGCUUGAAGAAAUGGCUCUUCACCACCUUUGCUCACGGCGGAGAGGCGCACGACGAUCAACAGAUUGAUACCGAUGCCAACGUAACAACCGUAUACCUCGGUGACGCGUACCAGAAGAAGAAAGACCCAGAGCACCUGCCGCCGCAGAAUCUAUGGGAAAGAUACAGCGAUUCAUUACGGGGCAUUGCACACUUCUUCGCCUCUCCAGCGUCUUCUUUCGGGUUUCGGGUGGCAUGCGCAACGAUGUCUAUUGCGAUCGUGGCAUAUCUCCAGAAUACGCAGAGCUUCUUCACACGAGAACGGCUGUUCUGGGCCCAGAUCAUGAUAUCAAUCAGCAUGAGCCCAUCAGCCGGACAAAGUGUGCGAAGUUUCUUCCUCCGAGUCUUCGGAACUUUUGCGGCGAUGGUCUUGUCAUACAUUGCAUACUACAUUGUCGACGGCAAGACAGCGGGUGUCAUCGUCUUUUACUUCAUUUUCUUGCAUGGCGGUGUGUACAUCGUAUUGAAGUAUCCAGCCUUCAUCCCGGUGGGCAUGAUCAGUCAAGUCACCAUGACGCUCAUCCUUGGCUACGAGCUGCAAGUGCGCAAGAUCGGAGUACAAGUCGCCGAGUCAAACGGUCAAGCGUACUGGCCAGUAUACAUUUUGGCGCCUGUACGGCUCGCUACUGUUGCUGGCGGGCUGUUUCUUGCUUGGAUAUGGACAAUCUGGCCUUACCCGGUUGCCGAAUACUCACUCGUCAGACAGAACCUCGCGAAGACAUUCUACCUGUUGGCGAACUAUUACUCGACCAUGCACGAAACGGUCCGUACUCGGCUCAGAGGGUGCGAAGGAGACGUCUCCGACCCAAAUAGUCCCGGCUACAAGCUUGAGAAAGCUCGACACAAGGUCUUUGGUAAAUGCAACGCCAUCCUGUCUGGACUGCGAGCGCAAGCCGGGUUUGUCAAGUUCGAUCUGCCGAUUGGUGGAAGAUUCCCUAGGGAGAAGUAUCAGGAGCUCAUUGGCCUGUCGCAGAGUGCUCUCAACUUCAUGGCACUCGUCAGUCUGGCAUCUGGUACCUUUCAGGACCUACACCAGCGAACGGGCAGUGAGGAAGAGCAUGAUUCACAGUGGCUUCGCGACUUCCGCCAAAUCGUGAGGCAGACAAACGUCACGUCGGAAGCAAUAACCACCCUCCUGUCACUCCUGUCGGCCUCCCUUGCGAACGGCUCGCCUCUACCGCCGUAUCUGCACGUGCCAGAGCCUUUCCAGCUCUCUCAGCGGCUUGACGAGCUUGACAAGGAUAUACUCAGUAUCAGGCACAUUGCUGAGCCGGGUUACUCGAGCUUUGCAGUAAUACAGAUAGCGACUCGUUGCGUGAUUGACGAUCUGCGCAAGAUAUUGAAGGGCGUCAAGGACCUGGUAGGCGAGCUCGAUUUCUCCUUCCACGUCGUCGCUGCGGAUUCGCAAGAAAGCAUCCCGAAAGAUUCGCUCAAUAAUCGACAAGGACGCAAGCUGGACUGA